AUGUCGGAGCCCUCCUCCAAGCGUCUCAAGAUGGCCGACGGCACCGCUGCUCCUGUCAUUGGCACCCACAAUGGCCACUUCCACGCCGACGAGGCUCUGGCCGUCUACCUCCUGCGCCUGCUCCCCGACUACCAAAACGCCCAGCUCGUCCGCACCCGCGACCCCGAGCUCCUCAAAGACUGCACCAUCGUAGUCGAUGUGGGAGGCGUCCACGACGAUGCUCUCCGCCGGUAUGACCACCAUCAGCGUGAGUUCAAUGCCACGUUUCCUGGAAAGCACACCAAGCUAAGCAGUGCGGGACUGGUGUGGAUGCACUACGGCAAGAAGAUCAUUUCGACAGUCACUGGGUUGGAUGUGGACAGUGCGGACGCUGAGCUGCUGUACCAGAAGCUGUACGAGGACCUCAUCGAGGCCUUCGAUGCCAACGACAAUGGCAUUUCCGUCUACGACCCGCAAGAGCUGAGAAAGGCAGGCAUCGAGAAGAAGCUGAACGACAAGGGCUUCUCCCUGGCCAGUGUGGUCGGCCGCUACAACCACGCUCCCAUCACGCCUCUGGUCGAUGCUGUCUCCUCCAACGGCGCACCUCCUGCAGCUGCCAAGACGGAGAAAACACAAGACGAGGAAGAUGCGAGGUUCCAGCGUGCCUCUACUUUCGUGGGAGAGCAGUUCUCGCUCGAGCUGUCAGACAAGUUCACCUCUUGGCUGCCCGCGAGAGCCGUUGUCGCUCGAGCAUUCAACUCCCGCACCGCACUCGACCCAUCAGGCCGCAUCAUCGUCAUCCCACAUCGACCUGAAGGUGUUCCGUGGUCAGACCAUCUCUACGCAUUGGAGGAGGAGAAUGGGUGUGCCGGCCAGGUGCUGUAUGCAUUGUUUGCUGAGAAUGGCGAGCCCAACAGCAAGUGGCGGAUCAGAGCCGUCAGUCUCGAGCCAGGCAGCUUCGAGAACCGAAAGGCCUUGCCAGAGGCGUGGAGAGGUGUGAGAGACGAGGACUUGAGCAAGGUGUCUGGAGUUCCAGGCGCCAUCUUUGUCCACGCCGGCGGCUUCAUCGGUGGAAACCAGACCUUCGAAGGCGCACUUGAGAUGGCGAAGAAGGCUGUCGAGAUCUAG